AUGUCAGCCUUCGCGCCAGGGCUAGCGAUAUCGGUUCGCACCCUCCCACCACUGCGUCCGGCCGGUCCAAGGGAGACCCCUAGUCCCUCUGCGGCGGUGUAUAGGUACCUCCCGGUCUCGAACAAUAUCAUCCGGCGGAAAAGAGAGACGACGACAUCCGCCUGUGAAGCAUGUCGAAAGCGAAAAUCCAAGUGUAAUGCGCAAAGACCACGAUGUACGCGCUGCACGGCGCUCGAUACCACUUGCGAGUAUCAGGCAAAUGCAGCUGAGACGCAUGCGCAGGCAUUGCGGCGAAAGUUCAGCGACUUGAAGGAGACGAAGACGGCAUACGAGGAGAUCUACGAACUGCUGCAGAAUCGGCCACCAUCCGAAGCGCAGAACAUCUACCUGCGGAUUCGGCAGGGCUCCAAGGCGGAAGAGAUCUUACACGAUAUUCAUAACAGCGACCUCUUGCUCCGACUCUCCUCGAAUGCCCGAGGCGGAGAUGUGACGACUAGCACCGGCUCGAACUUGAUGAGAACUCCAAAGCAGUGGGAUAGGCUAGCUCGAGAACCCACCCCAAGCUUCGACCAUGAGUCAACCUCUCCGUCGCCAGAUUCUCCGUAAGGUUCCGCGGGCAGAGACAGUUUCUCUUUAGGACCGAUAUGUGAGUAGGAGAGCGAUGAGAGGAGGUUUCACGGCGUUUUAGGAUUAUUUCACGCAAGAGUAUUAGAAUAUUAUAUUCUAGGAAAUCAGGAUAUCGAACAUUCCUCAGCGGAUAUCGUUUCGAAUGGCAGAGUAUUUAGCUUCUGGCCAAAACAAAAGCCAUCGACCAGCUCGACCACUCUAGGCG